AUGUUUUGCCUUGCAGCAAUUCCAGUGAAGUGGGCUAUCUGCUUCACUCUGCUACGCAUCGCCAACAAGAAGAAGGCUUACGUGUGGGCAACUUAUGUCGUCAUGGCUGCGGUUGCCAUAGUCAUGGCUUCGACAACAAUUUACGAAUUCUUUCAUUGCACGCCCAUCGAGAUGAACUGGAAGGCCGUCCCGGGUGGUUCCUGCAAGCCUAAGAGCAAUAUCACUGGUUUCAGCUUUGCACUUUCGGCGGUUUCUAUCAUCUCGGACUGGUUCUGUGCGUUGGUUCCCAUACCCCUUCUCUGGAGCGUGCAAAUUGAUUUCCGCGUCAAACUUUCCAUUGUCGCACUUCUCGGUCUUGGGAUCUUUGCCUCCACAGCAGCCAUCGUUCGCCUCACCGUAACCGUAAAUCUCAGCGCCGCAGAAGACUUUCUUUACUACGCCAUGCCAGUCGCAUCAUGGGCACAUGCGGAACUAGGUCUCGGAGUCAUCCUUGCUAACCUUCCCGCCUUACGUCCACUGCUCGAGAGGCUACUCUCUCUCCGCUCGACUAUGCGCAGCAGCGGGAAGCGCACGAAUGACCCAUCGACUGGGGACCGGUAUGUGGAGCUUGAAGAAGGCAUGAGGAGUAGGAAGAAGGGGAGCACAUUGGACACGUUGGGCACGUUGGGCACUGGGAAGGGAAAUGAGACCAGAAUUUAUGGUGGUGACCUUGAGGACAGUAGCUCAUCCUUAGCCGAUGAUGAUAAGUCUACAAAGAACAUUGUGAAAGUCGAUCAGAGGCAGGAUGCGAAUGGUAUCAUGGUGGAUCAUCAUAUUCAGAUCAGACGUGAGGAAGCAAGGGGAAUCUGA